AUGUGGUCGACCCCGACGCUGCUGCUGCUGCUGCUGGGUGUUUUGCUGGUGGCGCCAGCCGCAUCCUCCACUGGACUCAGCACCCGCUACGACGAGACCACCGGACGAAUCCUGAUACUGGGACACAGGGGUGGCCGCAAGGUGGAAGUGGGAUACGUCGAAGCUACCGGCGACAAGCAGUCUCCAGCUCCACGUCACGAGAGUCAAAUCGAUGGGGAUUCUUUCCACUUCCGGAGCUCAAAGAUCGUCUUUCGGCGCCAAGACAGAACGGGCCGGUGUCUCACUGCCCAGCAGUGGAUCAACUCUUCGGCAGCGGCGGAAACCAUGUGUCAGUACCACCUAGGAAGCCACGUCUACGGAGGUAUCGAAUCGACCUACCAGAAGUGGCCCAUCGAGCAGAAUGUGAUCGACCGCUACCCGUACGUCACCAACAAGAGAGACCACGCCGCCAUCGCCGCUCGCUACUGGCUCUUCUCCGACGGCAGACUCGUGCGUGUCCAUUCGAACAGUCCUCUCUUCAUCGACCAGAACACCGAUCAGACGCAGAAUCAGUUGUGCUUCGUUGCCGAGAACAAGUCUCCCUAUGCGGAGGAUCGACCCGACAACGUGCUGGAGUACGAGCUGUGCUGGUUCGACGACGUGAGGCAGGCGCACGAGUUCGCCGUCCAGAAGUACCUGGGCAAACCGACGGCGAUCCCAGACGAACGCGUGGUGACAAACCCCACCUGGACAGUGUCGUCACCUGAGCAGAACGUGAGGGACAGGGUGGCCGACAUAAUGGAUCACGGAUUCGAAUACAGUGUCAUCCAAAUAAACGGCAUAUGGGAGACCUGCCACGGCAGUCUGACAGUCGACACGGCCAACUUUCCCGACAUGCGUGCGCUCACGGAUGACCUGCACGCACUGGGAUGGGCCGUCUCGCUGUGGAUACACCCAUUUGUAAACCAAGACUGCGAGCCAUUUUACUCUGAGGCACUGGCCAACGGGUACCUGGUCCGCAACAAAACUGGCAGCACGGCCACUACCUGGUGGAGGGGCGACGCCGGCAUUGUCGACUUCACCAACCCAGAUGCAGUAGCUUGGUGGACGGGCCGACUAUCGGCACUUCGCAAUGAGACAGGGGUGGACACGUUCAUGUUCGACUACGGCGAGUCCAGCUACCUGCCGCAGCCGGCAGAAAUCACGCCACUGGAGAAGAGCCCCGUGGUCUUCUCGGACGAGUACUCGAGCGUCGGCUCCCAGUUCGGGUCCAUGGUGACGCUGCGCUCCAGCGUGGAGAGCCAGCACCUCCCCAACUUCUUCCUCAUGGACGUCGUCGACACCGCGUGGAGCAGCCAGAACGGCUUCAAGACGCUGGUGCCCAAGCUGCUGCAGCUCAACAUGGUCGGCCACCCUUUCGUGAUGCCGGAGCAGGUGGGCGGCGCCGAGAACCACGGCGGGUACCCCACCUACGACCUGUACAUCCGCUGGCUGCAGGUGGUCACCUUCAUGCCUGCCUUACGCUUCCACGUCAAGCCUUGGGACUUCGACAACGAGACACUGGACAUCUGCCGCAACCUGACCAGCCUGCACAUCCAGUACGCACCGCUCAUCGUUGAGCUGAUGAAGAAAGCCGUUCAGGACGGCACUCCCGUCAACAGGCCAAUCUGGUGGAUCGACCCAACGGACGCCACGGCACUCACAAUCGACUCAGAAUUCCUGCUGGGCGACGACAUUCUGGUGGCGCCAGUGGUGUGGCACAACAACUUCAGCCGCGACAUCUACCUGCCGAAGGGGAUGUGGCGGGAUGAGGCGGACCCCGAGCACCCCACCAUUCAGGGUCCGGCCUGGCUACACAGCUACCCCGUGCCGCUCAACACUCUGCCCUACUUCACCAGGAUCAGCGCCUAG